AGUCCAGGCUGUCCUUACACGGCGAACAAUCGAUGCGCGUCGCAGCCUUUUCCUUUCCUUAUCCCGUUUAUAUAGUACGGCGACUUCCGCCCUUGCCGUUAAAGCAGUGCGAUCAUGGCGGAGCGCGUUCAGCAGCCCCCAGCUAAACGGCUCUGCUGCCGACCCGGGUAUAGCACGACAUGUAGACCGGGGCAGCGAGCCGGUGGAACCGUAUGCGGAGGUUCGGGUUCUGGUCAAGGGGGAUCCAGCAAAACCCAGAGCCCCGAAUCGCUUUUGGACAUUGCAGCGCGGAAAGUAGCGGAGAAGUGGCCGUUCCAACGGGUGGAGGAGCGUUUCGAGCGCAUCCCGGAGCCCGUACAGCGGCGGAUCGUGUACUGGUCUUUCCCGAGGAGCGAACGGGAGAUCUGCAUGUAUUCCUCGUUCAACACGGGCGGAGAGGAGAGCGCGUCCAGCGGGGAGAGCGUUGACGAGACGCGGUUACCGUUCCGACGCGGCAUCGCAUUGCUGGAGAGCGGCUGUGUGGACAACGUAUUACAAGUCGGUUUCCAUCUCAGCGGCACCGUAACAGAACCGGCCACGUCGUCCGAACCCGAGAUGGUGUGUAGCGUCGCCAUCAGCUUCGACCGCUGCAAGAUCACCUCUGUGACGUGCGGAUGCGGGAACAAGGACAUCUUCUACUGCGCACACGUGGUGGCGCUCUCCCUGUACCGCGUACGGAGGCCCGAGCAGGUCAAACUUCACCUGCCCAUCUCAGAGACUCUCUUCCAGAUGAACAGGGACCAGUUGCAGAAGUUUGUGCAGUAUCUCAUCACCGUCCACCACACCGAGGUUCUGCCCACGGCACAGAAGCUGGCCGACGAGAUCCUCUCGCAGAACUCGGAGAUCAACCAAGUCCACG